AUGGUGCUACAAGCAAUUAAGCUUCAAAUUAGAGAUUCUGGAGCGUCGCCACACCCAGGAAGGCUUCAGAUUGUUUCCAGCUUCGCCCCGGAAAUGAGUACCGUGCACACAGCAAAUCCAGAACCUCCCUCUGCACCCAGGGGAAAUGACGCUUCAAUAACCAUGUACCCCUCCUCUCGUCAGCUUCACCCUCCGUCCGCAAACGCGCCCUCUCCCCCAUCUCAUCCUUUGUCUCAUUUAUGUGAACCAGCUUCCUCGAUCUCCCCUAGUUCAAAUGCCAAUCAGGGCGAAAGUGAUCCAGCAGCCCUUGCCUUGCUCCCAGGCAUGCUCCUUGGUGUAGAGGGGAAGCUAAGGAAGGCUAUCUCCAUGAUAACCGAUACUUUAGGACCCGUGACUCUCCCAUGCCUCUUUGUGGGCGGGGGUGUCCUGGGAGCCGCCGUAGCAACAGCCUCAUUUAGAACUCGCAUGCGCAAAUUGGGGGCUGCCGUACCAACGACCGCCCGGGCAACUGGUGUAAAAACGCUUCCUGCCGGAGGCGCAGCCGGCCACAGGGCCCCUCUAAAAGGCAACACUGCACAGCAGACAGCGGCGACAUCUUCUCCUGCGGCCACAGGAGAACCGCAGCUUCAAGCCUCCUCCAUCCUUGCCGCCGAACUGGCCAGACACAGAAAAAGAAAAUCCUGGGAGCUCGACGAUGAAGACGAAGAGGACUGGGAGAACCCCAGAGCUGGAGAACAGCGCCAGACGCUCCGUUCCGCGGCAGAUCUGUUCACCGCUAGAGAACUCGCAACCCUCUUUCUGUUGCCGGCAUGCUUCAUUGGCUCCGUCCUUGGGGGCGGCUGGAUCUUCUUCAAAUAUCAAUGCGGUAUUCACGAUGUAAGUCUGACCUAG